AUACGCUUUAGCUAGCAGGUUAGCUUUUUUAGCAUCUGUGUUACACAAUCGUGUCUUUAGGUCAAACCUGAAUCAGCUUAUCGAGAAGACGGAACUAGCAAGCUAGCUAGUUUCUUCAACAGCCAUGGGUGUGCAAGUCAAAGUCGAAUACUGCGGUGGAUGAGGGUACGAGCCCCGCUAUCAGGAGCUCGCGCGGGUUGUCACCGCGGAAUUCACUGAAGCGGAAGUAUCGGGCUUCGUAGGAAGGCAAGGCAGUUUUGAGAUUGAGAUCAACGGGCAAGUAGUUUUCUCCAAGCUCGAAACAAGCGGCUUCCCAUAUGAAGACGACAUCAUGGACGCUAUACAGAAAGCCCAUGAUGGCAAGCCAGUGGAGAAGAUCACCAAGAGCCGCCCGCCUUGUGUCAUCCUGUAGAUCUCCUCUCCCUCUAUUCUCCAACCCUGCCCUCUCCUGACAGCACCAUGCUGAAGACAGGACAAUGCGCAUCCAUCACUGCCACUGUCAUUACUCACUCAGCCUUUGCACUAACCAGGCAUGAGGGUGACACACAACUCUCUGUUGAAACUACACUAGCAGAGUUGGACUAAGACCACUGUCUUUGAUUUAGAGUACAACCUGUCGUAAGGUUUUGUUGUGCCUUCUCUCUCCCCUCUCUCUCUGCUCCCAUUGAGGUGUUCCAGGACUUAUAUGAUUACUGUAGCCCAAAGCUGAAAGGUUUAUAGUAUGAUGACCCCAGUCCUGGCAGCUCCUAUGUUAUGGGAUCAGAGAAAUGGAGGAGACCGUAAGAUCGAGGGGCAGACGGGUUGGGGGGAGCACCCUAUUAUAUUCCAAAAGCCUCAUUGCCUGGCAGACAGUUACUGCCUGAUUGUUCUAAUUCCUCUCAAAUAAUACAGCACCAUCAUUGGCCAGACAUAAAUAAAGUUUUGAUGAACGUAAAAGAUAAAUGUUAUUGAGUACCAAAAGCAAGACGGGAAGGAGCUCAAUUAUUUUCUGCCCUCUGAAAAUAAUUCUAUCACCUAGCUCUAAGCAUCAUAAGCCCUGUUUCCCAACUUGUAUCCUGUACCCUACUAUGAUGAUGAAUGUGCUGCUUGAACCUGUCAAUGCAAUGUUUGUCAAUUUAUUUAAUAAGAUGUGUUCUAAAGUGGAGACACUUUAAACAAGGUUGAAGCUUAGAUUUUUAACGUUUUUUUUGUGUUCAGUUCUGUCACAACUUUUAUUUCUCUUUAAAACUAGUGUAUCUCAAUGUCGGAACUUGGAUGUAAUCAGGUUUUUUUUCUUCAGUUUUGUCCAUCUUAUAGCUAAUCUGCCUGAAGCAUUCCAGGCAGUGUCUUUAACAGUGAACUAUAUCUCUGUUUUGAACUGUUCUCUUUAGCCGAAACGUGAGAAACACUGUAGUAUCCAAACCUCUUGUGAAUUUGCAAUUGUAUAUUGCCACUGAAUCAUAGAUAAUGCAUUUUCAUUGACUCAGUGGCUUUUAUAUAUGAUCAGCUUCACUAUUAGUAGAGCUGACCUUGCAAGUAGAUAAAUCCUUUGUUGUUUUGAAAGCCAUCUCUCACUGGUCUGUUUAUGUGCACAGUUUAUUGAAUAUCAUCUCUGAAUACUAUUUUUUUCUGUUUCUUAGGGCUGUCAAGUAUGAUACCCAUUAGGAGAACUUCUAUCACAAAAUAAAGUUAUGGAUUAUUUAACUGUA